CAACAAUGCGACAACGAUGUUUCGUUUCGUUUCGUUAAUUCGUUUCGCUAUUCUUAAUUUUAACUACACCUUCAGGCCUAUUGUGAUGGUUUGCUUUACCUUUGACGAUGAGAAACUUUCAUAAUGGCGUGGCGCCUUGUUUAUUUGAAUUCCAAUAGAAAAUGGGAAAUAACCAGAACAAACCUAGAUUGAGAAAAUCUCAAUCAGUUCCAGAUACACAGUCUUUCUUGGUCGAUUCUUUACUUGUGCGAAGUAAGUCGCGAAGUUCAGCACGACUGGCGAGACUAGCUUCAAUUAAUGAUGUUCGAGAUGGAAGCACCAACUCUAAGAAGGAAGCAACUCAGACACCCAUUCCUCUGGCUGAGACUCUGUUCUUCCCAGAAUUCUCUGUCCGUGGAGAGUUGGAAGACCAAAACUUUGAGUUGAUGUCCGUUAUUGCCAAAGGAGCUUAUGGGAAUGUCUUGAAAGUUCACAGAGAUGAUGAAAAGCAGUUCUAUGCUGUUAAGGUGCUGGAAAAGCGACAGAUCAUUCUUGAAAAUGCUGUUCAACAGUGUAAAGAUGAAGCCUGCAUUCAGUCGAUGCUGGGUCACCAUCCAUUUAUUGUGAAAGUCUUAGAGUUUUGGCAAUCUCGAAGCUAUCUUUAUAUAGUUCUUACUUACGUUCCAUAUGGAGAUAUGUUCACGCUGUGGAGCUAUCAUGGAUAUUUCCCUGAGGAACUUGUUCGCUAUCAUAUAGCAGAAUUAGCCGUAGUUCUGAGCUAUCUUCAUAAAUCUGGAGUUAUUUAUAGAGAUAUGAAAAUGGAGAAUAUACUUUUUGACUAUGACGGUCAUAUCCAGGUCACCGACUUUGGCUUAGCUAAAUGGCUACACAUUGGAGAGAAGACUCGGACAGUAUGUGGGACUUUACAGUAUAUGGCUCCUGAAGUUUUGUCAGUCAUGCCAUAUGGCCAUACAGCAGAUUGGUGGUCACUUGGAGUUCUAAUGUACACAAUGCUUAUUGGGGAGUAUCCCAUUGAUGGAGCAGUAAAUCAUUUUGAGAUGGCACAGCAUGUAUUUGAAUGUGAAUAUGAACUCCCAGAAUACAUCACUGAAAAAUGUGCACAUGUUGUUAGUCGGUUGCUGACCAAAUGCCACAACCGACGACUUACAGAUUUAUUUUCACUUCAGAAUUUACCCUUCUUUAGGGGUAUCAACUUUAAAGCUUUAAUUGAAAAACAGAUCUCUCUUCGGACUUUGGUAGUAGAGAACUUCUUUGAUGUCCCUGCUGAAAGCGAAGAAAGCUACACCUACAAUGAAUCAACAAAUGAAUUCUCUGAAUUUGAUGAUUAUGUUUGGCACCUUCCACCUGAUGUAGUUCCUGUUUUUGUCUGAUAGUGAAAACAUUGUCAGAGACCAAAUAGGAAUUCCAAUUACUGAAUAUCAGUUAACAGUCCAUGCCAGUAAUAUACGUUACUAAGAAAAUCCAAACGAUUCCCCCAAGAUAAAGUGAAUAACAAGCAAGAUCUAGUUUCUGUAAAUUUUACAAAUAGAUCUCUGCUCUGAGAGACAGACACGUAAUAUGAACUACAAAUCAAAGUAAUUCAAUAGAAAUAAAUAAUCGUAAUAUAUACAAUGCACAACGAGUAAUCAUUUACAAAAUAAGUAAAUAAAAAAAAAAAAAAUUAAAAAAGUUAAAAAAAAAAAGAAAUUA